AUGCUGAGAAAUACGACCAAGGCAAACUUACCUGUCUCCGAUGAAAAUUGCAGGACAGAAAAAAAAAAUAUUUACAACAAAAGAAUAGAGAAAGAGAUUAAAAAUUUAAAAGAAUCCAAGUUCGCAAACAGUGACAAUAUAUAUAUAACAAUCACCGAAAAGGAUGAGAAUGACAAAGAAGAAAAAGAAGAAAAUGAAGGAAGUGAAAAUGCAUACCAAAGUAAGUACUUACAUUUGGUAGAAGCCUUUGACGACAAAUACUUUAUCGAUAAAACAUUUUUUGUAACAAAUUUUAUAGAGAAUAUAAAACUAUUAAAAAAGAGUAACAUUGAAUUAUGUAAUAAAAAUAAAGAGACAGAGUUAGAUAGAAAUAGUAACAACAAUUUUAGCAGUGAAGAAUUAUACAAAUUUAAUAAUUAUAAAAAUAGUAUUUGUCCAUUUUAUGGAUUAUAUGAAACUUUAAAUUUUGAGCAUAUUUUUAGUUCCUAUUCAUUAUUUUUAGAUGAAAUAUGUUAUUUUUUAAAAAUCUUUGAUAUUUUUAAAUCAGAGUUUAUAAAAGAACAUGACACAUUCAAUGAUUCGAAUGAACAAGAGAAUUAUGAUAAAUAUAAUAUUGCUGGACAGGAAGAAAAAGGGAAAUUAAAUUUUUAUGCAAAUAUAUUUUUUGAAAUUAUAUAUAAAGAUAUAACUACACACUUACAACAAAUUCAAAAAGAACUAAUAAAUAAAAUCUUUGACAAUGAUGAAUAUAUAAUAGAGAAAUUUUAUAACAAUUUUUACAACUUUUUUAUGAAAUAUUAUAGCAUAAAAGAAAGUAUUGUAUACGAUUUUUACAUUUUCAAUGAUUACCCAUUUAGUGAAGUAUAUGUAAAUUUAAAUAAUAUACCUUUUUGUUUUUUAAAAAAAAAAAAUGUAAUAAAAUUAACAGGAGAUAAAUAUAAUAAAAGAAAUAUUCUUAGUACAUUAAUAAAUUCAAAAGAUUGGAUACCUAAAAUAACUAUAUUAAACUUAUUUGAAAAAUCUCAAGAUUUUGCUCAUAAACUAUUUUUUUAUUAUCAAUAUAAAAUAUUUAUAUUUUAUUACUAUUUAAAUAAGCAUAAAAUAUUUUCAAAAUUUUUUGAAAAUAAUUAUAUAAUUGAUAUUGAAACUUCACAUUUAGUAUAUUCCUACAUAAAAAAGGUCAAUAAAAAAUUAAUUACACAUGAAAAAAAAGUGAAAAAAAAUUAUUCAAAUAUGCUUUACAAAAUUAAUAAUUGUGAUUGUAUAAAUGAAAAUGUUUUUUUUUAUAAAUUUUUUUAUAAUUAUAAAAAAUUAAAAUUGGAUAAAGACAACAUCAAUGUAGACUCAUUAGGUUGUGAAGGAAGCAGUGUAAAAGUAGAAAGAAAAAAAAGAAAAAAAAUAUAUCAAUACUAUAUAUAUUUAUUUUUUAUUUUCUUUAUUUUUUUAAUUCCGCAAUUUAUUAAAAAUAUAUAUAUAUUAUUUCAAACAAAUGAAAUUGAUAACUAUUUGAAUGAUGCCAAGUUUGGAUAUAUAAAUUUUGAUCAAGGCGAAAAAGAUAAUUUUAACAACUAUCCAUUUUUUUACAUAUAUGUAAAUGUUCUUAAAAAAGUAAGUCACUAUGAUUUGAGAGAUGAACAAAUAAACAAAGACAACAAGUUUGAAGUUACAAAUGGUGUACAAGCUGAGCAUAAAAUAGACAAAGACAACAAAAUUGAAGCUACAAAUGGUAUACAAGCUGAGCAUAAAAUAGACAAAGACAAAAAAAUUGAAGCUACAAAUGAUGAUGUAAAAAUUAAAAAAUUAAAAGAUAAUAGUGGGAAGAGGAAAAAAAUCGAUACAAAUAGCAUCUCUUUUAAAUAUGCACUAUUUUUAAUGUUAAUUAUAAUUUCAGAGUUUUGUAUAUUUUCCUUAGGUAUAAUAUAUAAUUUGCAUUUACUUCGAAAAAAGUUUGAGCAUAACAAUUUUGUAAUAAAUGUAUGUUCAUCUGUAUUAAUAUUAUAUAAUCCAGUUUUCUUAUGUAGUAAGAUAAAUUAUAUAAAUAGUAUAUCAAUCGGAUUAUUAUUUUGGUGUAUAAAUUUUAUAAUUUUAAAAAAAAUAUUUCUAUCGAUUUUAAUAUAUUUUAUAUCAAUAUAUAUUAAUAUCCAGAACAUAAUUUUCUUUAUCCCAUUUUUGUUUAUAUAUGUAUAUAUAAAUAGUAGAUAUGUAAUUAAAAAGGGUAAUCAAAUAAAAAGUCAAGUAAUAAAUAUAUAUAAAGCUUUGAAAUAUACUAUUAUAUAUAUUUGUUCAUUUAUUUUAUUAACAUAUAUUUUUUUAUAUUUAUUAUCUGAGCAAAAAGUUGGAGGAUUAGCACAUUUAAACAAAUGCUAUAACUAUUUUAAUAAUACAUAUUUUGAGCAAAUUGAAAAUGUAUUUAUAAAUUUAACAAAAUUUAGUGGAUUGUCUAUAACAUCAGAUUUUGACAAAAACAGUAAGAUAUAUAAAAAUAAUAUAAGACAAUAUGAUCAUAAUUGGAAUGAAUAUUUUAUAUAUAUCAUAAAAUCGAUUCCAAUAAUAUUAACUUUAUUUUUUAAUUAUAUUUUUGCUAUAAGUACAUUAAUAAAAUUUUAUGUAUCCCUGGUUAUUUCUUGUAUAACAUUAUUCCUUAUUGAUAUGAAUUAUGAAGAUAAAUAUUAUUUACUCAAAUUUAUAAUAACAUUAUUAUUACUAUAUAUAAAUGUACUUAAUAAUUCAAGCAUAUUAUUAAACAUUCUAUUUACUUCGUAUAUUAUAUUGACAAAUGAAAAAAUUGAUGGCUAUAUAUUUGUAUUAACUAUAAUAUAUUUUAUUUUCCAUACCUAUUUAAUGUACCCAUCAAAUGAUUUUAAUCGAAAUAUAUAUUAUCAAGUAAAAAUAGGAACAGAACUAAUAAAACAAGCCUUUAGUUAUAUUCAAAUUAAUUUAACAUAUUUUUAUCAAACAUGUAUAAAACGUUUUUUUCUAUCCCUUUUUAUUUUUAUUCCUGGAACAUCCUCUUCAAUUAUUUCUCCAGAAACUGAAAGAAAUGUUAACAAUAUGAAUCAAAAAAUGGAAAUACAAAAAAAAAUUAUUAUAUGUUUAUAUUCUCAUUUGUCUUGGAACUAUUUAUCUAUUCCAUUAUCUUUUUUUUUCUUUUUUCUUUUUUUCCUUGUUGGAUUGUUAAAGUUAUAUUAUCCAAGGAUUUGCAUAAAAAGCGCAGAACUUGUUCUCAAACAUUGUACCCAUAUUUCUUUGUUGAUAAUACUAAUGCUACUUUACAAAAAACGAUAUGAAUUAAAAAAAUAUGAUUUUUUGAGUAUUCCUGAUUCUCCUGAUAAGAGAACAUUUCCAGUAACUAGAUCAAAGAAGUUGUAA